AUGUGUCAGAUGGAGAGAAAGUGGAACGGUUUGAAGGACGCGAUUGCUGCUCUCACGGCGGCCAAGGGAGCUCAGGAAGACAACUUGGCCAACUUGAGGGAAGCUUCUGCGGAAGUCAACAAACUUAUGGACGAGAUAAAAAAGAACCCUCCCGUUCCGACCAUAGGCGUGACCGAUGCAGCAAGGGGAGAUCAUGUCGACGCCCUCCAGAGAGGCUUUGGACUCCGAGCCGACCCAGAAUGGAAAGAUUGGAUGGAACCCAAGCACUCCGAGCAGCUUGAUGGAUAUUAUCGCAAGAUUAUCAAAAGUAUGGGUGGUAUGUUCCAGCCGCAGUCGUUCGAAACGAACGUUGACGACGAACCAUGUUUGCGUGCUAGCCUGAACGCACUUAUCUGGGCAAUAAACUCAACGGUCCAAGAAAUGAAUCCUGAAGGCAGCAGGUCGCUGAGCAUAAAACUUGAGCAAUCCAUGUCAUACUACCCAUACCGACAUGAUGGUGAGAAUUAUCGGCUGCAGGGUCGAGCUGACUACGCCCUUUGGUACGGCCGGCGCAGGGACAUUGAUACCAACCUGAUAAUCUGGGAGGCCAAAGGAAAAGCCGAGACGAAUGGAGAAUGCCAGCUGUUACUCUACAUGGCCAUGGUUCACAAAAAGCGAUGUGAGCUUGGGAAGAAAAAUCGCAUUGUGUACGGAGUCCUCGCUCUUCCAAGGUACUUCGAAUUCAUCCAAAUCGACAAUGACGGUGUAUACUCGAUGCAUUUUAUCAAAUGUUUUGAUGAUAUCUUCAGUGCAUACGUUCCACUCUUGACCUCCAUCUUUAUGGAGGCUGUGGCUCUAUCACCACCCGGAAGUGAAGAAACGGACCCAGUGAACGCGAUGGAAGCUGUCUAA